CAUCCAAUUUCAGUUCACAUUUGCCCAACGGCAGCGGCAGGACCUCUGAAUUUUUCAGUCAGCCCUUAGAGCCCAAAAGCGGAAAACGUACAACGCGCGAGUGUGGAAAAAUAUUUCAAAAAUUUCUCUCAUUUUCCAAGUGAAACGGAGCAAAAUAAAUCAAAUCAAAUAAACAAAUACCAGUGCGAAUGAUGUCGGGAAUUUUAUUGCUUUUGGCCAUAUUGGGAUGCAUUUCAAAUGGCGCGGCCAUCAAAUGCUUCGUCUGCGAUUCGAGCGAUAAUCCCAGCUGCGCCGAUCUGGAUUCCAAUUCCACUAUAGUGCCCGAGGAAUGUACACUGGACAAAAUGAAAUCACUGGACACCUGGCUGUUUGAUUUGAACAAGUUCUCCUACUUCAAGAACGGGGCCAAUAAAAAUCCACUUAUGAAUUGCCAAAAAGUCGUUGCCAAAGAUCCCGAGACCCGAAAAGUGGUUACCGCCAGAUUCUGCCAACUGGACACUGGCGACUCGGAUGCCUGUAAGAUCCUGCGGGACAAACUCAUCCCCGACGCCAAUGAACGGGAACGCGACCAGCAGCAGCGCCAGAUGAAUCAAUACGGUGGAUACGGUGGUCAAGCCCAGAAUCCGGCAGAGAGCGAAGAAACUUCUGCGGCAGAUGCCUUCUUUUGUGAUAUUUGUAAAACAGAUCGUUGCAAUGGAGCGGCGGCCAUAACGCUUUCAAUGGGUGUCCUUUUGGCUCUGAUCCUUUUCCAAUUGGGUUGCUAAAAAGAAAAGGGUAACUGGAGGAUGACCCAAUUGGAGAUUGGGGGUGGUGGUGGUAGCGAUGGUGGCUGCGUUGGUUGCAUUUAGGUUGAGUUACCGUUACCGUUACCGUUUACUUUGUAAAUAUUUGAGCUGAUUCGAACAAGUGUUUCAAUGGCACUCACCCACCCACAAAAUAAAAAGGACACACCACCCUUCCCUUCCUCUUCCCCUCUCCCCCUCUCCCUUCCCCGCCCCUUAAAACCCUCCCAAUAUUCCCUUUAAUCCUAGAAUUGUAAGCAAACAAACAAAACAAAACACACACCCACCCACAGAACGGAAGUCGCUUUGAUUCGAAAACAAAUAUAAAACUUUCAGUUACAGGAUGUGAGUUUAAAUCCUAUAUAUCAAGGAUUCAGACCCUCUGUCAUUAGCUCUUAUUGUAGCUUUAUUAUGUUACUACUAUUAAUAUAUGCAGAUUGUUAUGGAUAAUUGUUAGGAUCGAAUGGGUAUAGGAGUUCACCAAUUGCCUUUGAUUUUCAAGCAAUAUAUAGGAUGGGGAAUAAUGUAAUGUAUCUUAGGCCAUGAGCAAUACGAAAAUAUAAUUUAAAUUCUUUAAAUUGUAAAAGCCACACGCUAAAAACAAUCAACAUAAUGCGAAAAUGCGAAUUUAAAACUAAUUCGAAUGAACUAAUCCAAUAAAUGUUAAUUAAAUGUGCAAUUUAGAAGCUGAGAAUAAAGAUAAAAACUGCAAUAGCAAUAUAGUUAUUAUUUUGUUAGCUGUCGAAAAAGAAACAUCAACGAGAGCUUAAAAAAUGCCUAUAAAAAUAACAAAAGCCACGCCCCCUUUAAGAUACAUAUAGGAAUGUAUUUGCACAUUAUAUCAUGUUUUUGGCGCCGAAAUAAUUUUAGUUCUUAAAUGGAUAUGAAAUUGAUUGAAAAAUUGAAAAGCUACCAAAAAUAAAUGCUGUAUGACAGUGUGACAGUAAAAAA